AUGGCUAAGCGAACUCACAAUAUCCCCGCUCUUACUGCUCAUGAGACCGCUCACUCCCUUGCCCUUCUUGGUGAAUACACACACACUCUCGAUUCUCUUCCACUCGACCUCUCCCGUAGCUUUGCUGACCUACGCGAACUCGAUGCCGUUCUUUCCUCCUCCAUGUCUGUUCUGACCGCAAAAAUCAACGAACUUACGAUCAUGCUCGAGAAUAAGUCUGCGACGAAGGAAGACCGACUGUGGCUACUUACCCAGAUCGCAGAGGAGGCGGCUCGAUUGAAGCUCGGCGGCGAGGACAAGAUCCGAGUCGCUUGCCAGGCCGCGGAUGGUCUUCGGGGACACAAGGCGCACAUGAAGACUCUAGUACAACAUUUGCCGGACCCGGACUUCGAAAGCAUUGAGCUGAUAGGCAGGAAGACUAUCUUCCCUCAUGUGGCGACACGCUCCUACAUGCCAGUUGGUGGCGCGGGCGAGGGCGGACGAAGACAACGACGAGGUGCUUAUGGGAGUCUUUUGUCGAGUACGACAGUGGAUGCUAGUCCCAACAAGAGAAAACGAGCUACUGGUAGAGAUGAUGACUUGGACCUACCCAGCAAGACUCCGAGAAAAGAGAGGACUGGAGACGCUCCGAGACAGCGAAAUAGGAACAGAAGACCUGAACGAGCUCCUUCGCCUGCCGAGUCGCUCCUAUCAGUAGCCUCUCAUUUUCCUCCUUCCGCUUCACAGGACGUGGUCAAUGUCUCCAAUUCCCGUCCGAACGUAGCUCGCGGCACUAAUAGUUCUUCCAUCGCUAAGCGUUCUCGCGCCGGACAAAGUAAUAUAGAGCCCCAGACCGUCUCACAAUUUGAGCACGAAAAAUAUAAUGCACCUCCGUCAUCAUCUACAGCCCAUCCUUCCCUACCUGUCCCAUACGCAAAUGGGUUAAAUGGUAUGAACGGGACGCGGAUUAAUGGCGUCACGGAAUGGGCGCACGGGCAACUAGAAGGUCCUGGGAUGCCAGUUGCCAGAACUUUUGUUGGUGUUGUCACAGCGGAGCCACAUGAUAUAGCGACUGGUACAGGGGCUGAGGCGGAUGGGGAAGUUGAUGAUGGUCGAACGUAUUGUUUCUGCGACGGGGUUAGCUAUGGGGAUAUGAUUGCAUGUGAUGACGAUAACUGCGAGCGUGAAUGGUUUCAUCUACCAUGUAUUGGCCUCACAGUUCCUCCGGAGGGAACAUGGUUUUGCGAUGCAUGUCGUGCUAGGCGUAAUGCACGGCGGUCUGGACGUGGCGGAAAGAAGAGAUCGGGUGGAGGGCGAUCGAAUGCGCGGAACGCAUCAACUUAG